AACCCUUCUCCGCCUCUGUGCUAUUUUGCUAAAUAACAAACUACCAAGUCGCUUGCUCCUGCAAACCUCCCUAGAACCCGUCGCCUGUCCAUCCUCCUCCUUCGCCGUCCGCCGCCGUCAACCUAUGGAGAAACCGAGUACUUUGAUCUCCCACAUCGAAGCAUUCGUGGACUCGGCCCGCGUUCUCAACCAACAUGCCAAAAGUGUGGAUGCGAUUUCUUCUCUGAUAAAGAAUGAUCUGUUAACCCUGGAAGCAUUGGUGCGAGAAAUGGAGCUGUACUUGACCUCCACAGACCAUAUUAUCCGUGGUAGAGGUACACUUCUCCUUGCAGAAGUACUUAAUUGCCUUCUUGAGAAGCCAUUAGAUAGUCAUACUAUAAGCAUUUUGGUAGAAUUCUUCACAGCAAAACUAGAAGAUUGGCAAGUACUCUGGGGAGUUCUUGUUGGUUGCCUAGCUCUUUUGAAGAGAACAAAAAAGUUUGGCAUGGUUGACAAUAGUGAUGCAAGAACACUUGCAAAAUCUUUCUUAAUUAAUGUACAAGUGCAAUCACUAGCAGUUCGUGACCGUAAGUUAUGUUUAGAAGUUCUUCAGUGCCUAUUGGAUGCUUAUACUGAUGCUGUUGUGGUGUUGGGUGAUGACCUUGUUUAUGGAAUAUGUGAAGCAAUAGAUGAAGAAAAAGAUCCUCGAUGCUUAAUGCUUAAUUUUCAUCUUGUUGAGAUUCUUGGGCAUUUGUAUCCUGAUCCAUCUGGCCCAAUGGCAAGCUUUGCUCAGGACAUCUUUGAUAUUUUAAGUCGGUACUAUCCUAUAUACUUCACACAUCCAAAGGAUGAUGGCUUGGAUAUAAAAAGGGAAGAUCUCUCUAAGGGAUUAAUGAAUGCUUUCUCUUCAUCUCCUUUUUUUGAACCAUUUGUUGUGCCACUACUCCUUGAAAAACUGUCCUCAUCUCUGCUAUCUGCUAAGCUUGAUUCUUUGAAGUAUCUUAACAGUUGUUUAUACCACUAUGGAGGGAAAAGGAUGGUCAAGCAUUCUAGAGUUAUCUGGUCUAAUCUAAAAGAUGUGAUCUUUAAUUUCUCACCCGAGAGACCAUUAUUAACUGAUGAAUUGGAUGUAGAUAUGAAAUCCGAGGUUAAUCAGAUUAGAAUGGAAGCUCUAAAUUGUUUGGAAACGGCUCUCUCAUGCUUCGAUUUUUCUGAACAAGAUUCCUUUCUAUGCUUGAUUAUUGAUGAUCCAGAUAUUGGAACAAAGUUAGAGUCACUGACAAGCAUAACAAGCUAUUCAGGUACUUCCGCUGAAAUCCAGCGCGAUUUAAGUGCUAUUGGAGGUAUCUUUACUAGCAUAGCAAAGGUAUCAAUAUAUUGCUGCAAUAAAGUGUUCCUGAAGUUCUUUCCCUGCCUAAUGGAUGUUUUAGGAGUUUCUAGAAACCAUUCUUCUCAAUUUUGUAUCACUAACCACAAAACGGUUCAUGGCGGAAUGAAUUUUGGAGCACUUUUUCUGUCGGUUGAACUCCUUAGUUCGUCUAGAGAAUUAUCUUUGGUAUCUAAUAUUGCGGCAGAGUUCAUUGCAGAGUCAAAGAGCUGGUUUUUCAUGCUCAAAAGUUUCUCUAUGGAUCUUUGUCAUGUUCUCGGUUCAGUAUUGAGGACAUCCAAUACUUCUAUGGUUGCUAGUGAAAAAGAAGGUGUGCUUUGCGCAGUUAAGGGCUUGCAAUCACUUUCAACAUUUCCGUCAUCCUGUUCACCUAUAUCAGAAGGCUGUUAUGAAGACGUUUUAGAGAUACUUAUGUCUAUAAUUACUGGCAGGAGUGAUGAAACUUACUUGUGGAAUUUGUCAUUGAAAGCCUUGGUCCAAAUUGGAUUGUGGAUUGAGAGUGCUAGUGGUCAUGAUUCUGCUAGAGGAAUAUGCUACAACAAAGUUGUUGAGAAAAUCCUUUCCAUGCUUCAAACUAAUGAUUCUAUGGUCUCUCUCUCAUUGAAACUUGUUGCAAUUUCUGAAAUUGCUAAUGUUGGUCAAUAUGUGCUAAGUAUAAUUCGAGCACUUGAAGAUGCCAUUAUUUCCAGCUUGGUAGCUUGUAUCCAAGGGGGUUUAAAAUCUUCUGACAGCUUGGUUGGUUUGCUUGAAUGCUACACCAGUCGGGUUCUUCCAAGAUGCUGUACUUCUGGGAGUUUUGAUGAUGUUGCAGUUCAAUUUUCCAUCAAUAUUUGGAAUCAACUUGAAAAUGUAUCUGUUUUCAACACUGAUGUAACUAUGCAGAAUGUUCUUGACCAGGUUAUGAUAACAAUGAAGCUUCUCGUGGCUGGUUGUACAGUGGAAAACCAGUCCCUGAUUCUAAAAAAAGCUCACUGCGUUAUUUUAUCAAUGGACUUUCUUAAAACACAACCUUUUCAAAGUAUUCAUGGAAUUAUUGCCCUCUCUUGUCGAGAUAAAUGGAUUGCAUCUCUUUUUGGAUCAGUCGUGAUAGCACUUCGUUCCCAGACUCCUUUGACAGAUAUGAAAGGAAUUUUGAACUUGUUUCUGAUUCUUCUACCUGAAGGAAAUCUGCCAGCAGCUCAAGCUCUGGCAUCUAUGGUUAAUAAAUGUCCUUCCAGUAUUAAUGAACCAGAAAUUUCAGCUAGGCUUUCUUUGGAUCAGGCGUGUGAAGACAUCCUAAAACUUUGUUUAUGGACUUUAGAAAGCAACAGCCAUUUGAAACAAUACAAUUUUCUUGACAGAGAUAUUUGUUCCCAGAGGUCUAUUGUCCUUGGGAUGGCAUGGGUUGGAAAAGGUUUGCUUAUGAGAGGACAUGAGAAAGUAACAGAAAUUGCAAUGUUUCUUAUGAAAUGUCUAGUUUCUGACAGUAAUGAGGAUAUUACACUUCAACAACAGAAAGAGAAUGGAAAAGGUGUUGGGAUGGAUGCGAAUUCCUCUUUGGCAACAUCUGCAGCCGAUGCAUUCCAUGUGCUUCUGAAUGAUUCAGAAGACUGUUUAAAUAAGAAGUUCCAUGCAACAAUAAGGCCACUUUAUAAACAACGUUUUUUCUCAAGCAUGUUACCGAUCCUUCUCUCUUCAAUCAAAGAAUCAGGUUCAACAAGUAAAAAGAUAGCAUUAUACCGUGCUCUUGGACACAUUAUUUCAGACACACCAUUGGCUGCAGUGCUUGCUGAAUCCAAGAAGAUCAUACCUGCUCUACUUGAUACCUUAGCUAUUUCGGGGUCUGAAACUUCACAUAAAAAAAUAGUAUACAGCCUACUACUAGUCUUAUCUGGAAUUCUGAUGGAUGAUAAUGGUAAAGUGACCAUAUUGGAAAACAUACAUACAGUUAUUGAGUGUCUUAUCAAACUGAUUUCCUACCCCGAUUUGAUGAUUGUCCGUGAGACUGCGAUUCAAUGCCUAGUGGCCAUGUCAGUUCUUCCUCAUGCAAGGAUUUUUCCAUUCCGACCAAGGGUUCUUAAAGCUGUUGCUACCGCUCUGGAUGAUCGAAAGAGGGCUGUUCGGCAGGAGGCUGUCAGAUGCCGUCAAGCAUGGGCCUCAAUUGCAUCGAGAAGUCUUCAGUUUUGAGAAAAUUGAAAGGGAAGGUCGUUUGAGGCCAACAUUGUAUACUGCUCCAGAUCUUCAGCAAUUCAAAGAAUUUUCAUGGUGAAUAGAGUUUGACCAGCAGCAUGCGUAUAUAAGAUUGUAAUGCUUGGAUCUGCCAAGCAAACGAGCAAUAUGUGCAUUCUCAGGCCAAAAGAUGUUUACAAGUUUGACUAGCUUGAUAUCUCCUAAGUGAGGCAUUCCCAAACAAGAUUCACGAGAAAUGUAGGUUUACAGAUUUGUAUUUAUUCUUAUCCAUUUUUGUGCGAACGAUAAGUUGCUUAUGUAAUUCAACUCUCAAGAUAAGACCAAAUUGUUUUCUAAAACAUUAAAAGGAUUUUUUAUUUUAUUUUA